AUGACAUUCGAUCUUGAGUCACUCCUCCGUGACCUCUGCGACAAAUAUGGACCAAUCAUCACCAUUCGUAUUUUCUCCAGCAUCUCAAUAUUCAUAGCAAGCCCUUCAUUAGCCCAUCAAGCUCUCAUCCAAAAUGGUGCCGCCUUCAACUACCGCCCUGGACCUGUCACCCCAAGCUGCAUUAUGGACAAUUCCAAUCCCGAUAUCGGUUCCUCUUCAGGAAAUCGUUGGCGGUUCCUCCGUCGGAAUCUCACCUCCGAGGUUCUUACCCCUUCUCGGUAUAAGUCUUUCAGUCAUACCCGUAAAUGGGUGUUUCAGACACUAGAUACAUUGCUCAAAUCCCAUGUUGAAUCAGGCGAGCCAGUCCCUGUUAUAGAUCACUUCGGAUAUGCUAUGUUUUGCUUGUUACUUUUCAUUUGUUUCGGUGAGAAACUUGAUGAGAAGGUCAUCAGAGAAAUUGAAAACAUGGAGAGGGAGAAAAUGGCGAAUUACAAAAGAUUUGCUGUGUUCCAAUUUUUCCCCAUAUUUGGGAAAAUCAUCUUCAGAAAACGUUGGCAUCAAAUGCAUGAUAUGCUCCGUCAACAGAAAUCUGUUAUGCUACCUUUGAUAAAAUCCCGUCGAGAACGAAAGGAGCAGAUUAAACAAGAAAACAACAACCGAGAUCAACAUUUUGUCUCCUACAUCGAUGCACUAUUCGAUCUUGAAAUCAAAGAAGGAGGAAGAAAGUUGAGUGAUGAAGGAGUAAUGACUCUCAUCUCGGAGGUUCUUGACGCCGGCAGUGACACAACAUCAACGGUGUUAGAGUGGAUCAUGGCAAACCUUGUGAAGGACCAAAAAGUCCAAGAAAAGCUUUAUUCUGAGAUCGACGGGGUUGUGGGGAAGAUGAGUUCAAUAACACAAGAUAAUGAGGUUAGAGAAGAAGAUUUGCCGAAGAUGAAAUAUCUAAGGGCAGUGAUAUUGGAAGGUCUGAGGCUACACCCACCUAGCCACUAUGUGCUGCCACAUACCUUGGAGGAAGAUAUUGUGUUGAAUGGUGAGUAUCUCAUCCCCAAGAAUGCUUUGGUGAAUUUUAUGGUGGCAACCAUGGGGAGAGACCCAAAAGCUUGGAAAGAUUCAAUGGAGUUCAAGCCGGAGAGGUACUUGGGUGAUGAAGGAGAAGUAAUCGAUAUAACAGGGAGCAAGGAAAUUAAGAUAAUGCCCUUUAGCGCAGGGAGGAGGAUCUGUCCGGGACUUGGGUUAGGCUUAUUGCAUCUGGAGUUUUUUGUGGCAAAUAUGAUCAGAAAUUACAAAUGGGUCCCUGUGGAAGGAGAUGAAUUUGACAUGUCUGAGAAGCAAGAGUUCACAGCCGUGAUGAAAACCCCGUUGCGGGCUCAUGUGUUUCCAAGGAGGAGGACCACCACAAAUUAG